CAGCUGAUUUUGGGGUGGAUGGUGUGACUUCCUCAUAUUGGUUCCGACGUGGGUCGCAGCCUACGCAUACAGCGGGAACGCUCCUGCUUCGAUCCUCACCUCCUCAAACUCACCACGGCUACCUCGAUCCCAACACCGCGAGCUUGUACCACACGAGAAAAUGCCAGCAUCUUCGUCAAUACAAUCUCACUUCUCAUCCUCACCGACAAAAAGCAGCGGUAUCUCCAUCAUAGAGGAAGUGCAGUGCACUCCUGCGGCAGGAGCGACCACAGCAAGUACAUGGGCUCCCACUCUCGACUAUGAGGAAGCCGACCUAGGAACACUUGAACCUGGCCCUUGUAACCUCACCCUCAUGGGUCGCGUCGUCUACUUCAACGACCAGUCCAAACCCAGCAAAUCACACAAAGCAGCUCAAGGAUGCAUCAAAGUCUUACUUGCAGACGACACCGGGGUACUCACCGUGCGCCUUUGGUAUGCUGACACCCUGUACAAGCUCAAGCUUGGCCAGCUGCUUAGCGUGUGGACGGUACAUAUCUCGAACUCCUCAGAGUACAACUCACUAGCACCAAAUACCGCACCGCUAUUUACUACAAUAUUCCCCGAAGGUGAGAGACACUGCCAUGUCAUGGUGCAUGAGAAUAGCGACGAUGGGACAAGGUUCAAAAGACCGUAUGGUGUGAGGGACAACAGAGGUCUGAGUGGGUUGAUGACACUGAAGACGUUUACUGAUGGUGGUUAUGAUGUCGACGAGCCGAAAUUACUGGUAUGCGUCAAGAGUAUUGGCGCACGGAAAAAGUACAUAAAUCGCAACAGCACAACCUCUGAACUCAUAACACUCGGCAUCUUCGACGACACAUCUGACGGCCUCCUCACCCUAUACUCCUCAAUGUGCGACUCGGCCUCUCUGUUCGUCCCCUCAGAGACUGUCCUUCUCAUCUCGAACCCUGGGUGGCGUAUCGACAAGAUGGCCAAGCUCACAGUCAGCGGCAACUCACGUGUCGACAUUGAUCCAGACAUGGGUGGUGCACGGCGGUUGAGAGCCCUAGCACAAAGACGGACGAAGAAAGAACAUGUCAAUCUGCCGUUCCCCAUCGCUGACGAUGUAGUUGAGGGGUUCGAGAAUGCAGCUGUGAGAGCAUUGUACACACUUGCGGAUGUGGAUGAUGUCGCUCGCUCGCUGUCGAACAAAAGGUCCAAAGAAACCAUCGCUGGGUACCUUAGCGUUAUCAUCACGGAACUCAAUAUCGUUACGCCGUUCAAACGCAACAUGCUCAUGAGUAAUGAGUGCUGUGGUAUACCCAUCUUCGCCAACAGCACACAGGUCAUGUGUAAGCAGUGUGAGAAGUUUGUCGAACUGAGAAUCAACCCUAGGAUACUUGGUCCCCUCCUCGACGAAACUGGUCAAAUCAGCAGCGGUAAGCUUAUUCUCUCGGACGCCGCAUGGACCCAAUUGCUCGGUCGCUCGCCAGAGCAGCUCAUCGAUACCCGGCUUGAAGUCCUUCGUUACCUGGAACAGCGCCUUCUUUUCUUACGUAUUUCGAUGGGGUUUGUGUUGAGGUUGGAAGAUGAGAUUGGGAGGUUGACUGUGUGGUGUGUUAAGAGCUGAGUGAGAGUGACAGUGGGAGGAGACGGAGACAGAUGAAGAGGAUGUAAGCUGGAUCUAGGGUUCUGGAAACGAGAUCUGUCAUGACAUUUCAAGAAUGUUCGAGCGCACUACUAUGACCGAACGAGUUGCCUGGCGUGGCUCAGAAUGGGUGUAGUGGUAUUCCUUCUCGAAA